GUAAUUGUUGCUCGGCCAAAUGUACCGAGCGGUCCCUCUAUGCUGUCUGGGUUAUCUACAUACUUAACUACUUAACUACUACAUACUUAACACAUACAUAACCAUACAAAUGACUAUACACUUCCUAUUGAUUCUAAAUAGACAGGGCAAAGCCCGACUUGUGAAAUGGUUUAAUAAUGAUUAUCUGAAUCAAGAGAGACAACGAUAUUUACUGGAGAUUCACCGAUUGAUAAGUUCUCGAGAUGAUUCCAAAUAUCAAUCCAAUUUUGUUGAAUAUGAACAACAACAUAAAUUAGUAUAUAGGCGAUAUGCUGGACUAUAUUUUGUAUUUGGAAUUGAUUUAAAUGAUAAUGAAUUAAAUUAUUUAGAGAGUCUACAUUUCUUUGUGGAAAUCUUGGAUGAAUACUUUAAUAAUGUUUGUGAAUUAGAUCUCGUAUUCAAUUUCUAUAAACUUUAUAAUAUAUUAGAUGAAAUUUAUUUGGGAGGACAGAUCCAGGAAAUACUGAAAUCAAGAAUACUUGAACGUUUGGCUUAUUUAGAUAAGUUAGCAUAGUUAGC